AUGUGCGACGAGCGCUCGCCGAGACGCACGGGCAGCCAGAAAGAGCCGCGCCCUGACGGCGCAUCGCUGCAGCAGGGACGAGUAUCAAUACAAGGACGAAUAUCAACAUCUCGUGGCGGCUCAUCGUCAUCAAAGCGGCUGUCGUCAUCGUGGUGGCUAACCGCCACCACCAGCCGGCCGCUCGCGCGGGCGAACAGCGCACGCGCGGGGCUGCCCGGCAGGAAGCGGCGCUCGACGUCACGGGCGGAAGACUUUGAAGUGAGGCACUUCGCUGGUAGCAAAAAAAAAACACCGGCGCCGACAAGGCGGCUGAGGGAGAAGGUGCACUGCAACGACGCCGACAGCGACGAGAAGGAGAUAGAAGAGCUCUGGAGUUCUAGAUAUCACGAUUAG